GAAAACAAGGCGAAUCUAGUCAAAAAGCUUAUCGGGUUUGCUAGCAAGCAUCUUCCUGUUUGAAGAGCUGAACAAGUUAAGGAAAUGUCUUCAGAACAAACAUUUUCAGMUAAGGACCAACACAAACGUGUCACAGCGAAGUCCAGCCCUGGAUUCCUGGAGCGUUUAGGUCAAACUGCAGGAGGAACAGUCGUUGGUGUCGGACUCUUCUUCCUGUCGAUAUAUGUUCUCUUCACCAAUGAGGGACGAGCUCUGCAGACGGCGUCUUCUCUGGAUGAAGGCCUCUCUCAGGUUGUAUCACUGGCGCCUUACUCCYGCCUCGACCUGCAGAACAACGACCGCUUGGUUCACCUGUCUGCUCAGCUGCGCACUCUGCAGCCUCUACACGACCCCAACUACAAAGUGGCGGUGCAGGCGGUGAAGCUMAGGAGGCAGGUGGAGAUGUACCAGUGGGUGGAGUACAGCGAGAGCAAGGACUAUAAAGAAAARGGUGAAACCAAGACGGAAACAACCUACACCUACAACACCGAAUGGAAAUCUGAGUUGGUCAACAGUCGUAACUUUGAUAAAGAAAUCGGUCACCAGAAUCCAAGUGCCAUGCCAGUUGAAAGUGUGACAGUGGCGUCUCCUGAAGUCCAAGUCGGACCUUUCAUCCUGUCCAAAGGCCUGGUGGAUCAGAUCAACAAUUUCCAGACUCUGAGUUUGAGGGAUUACCCAGUCUUUAAUUUGGACCCUUUUCUCUCCAUUCAUGACGAUUAUUUCUAUCACACUCAGUCUCCAAACAGGCCCCAGGUUGGGGAUGUGCGUGUGAGAUUCUCCUUCGCUGGACUGAGUGGUGAGAACUCUCCCCUCGGGCCGCCUCAAACUGUUAGUGUUGUAGCCAUGCAAAGAGGAGAGAGACUGAUGGCCUUCAAGACCAAGUCAGGAGAUUUUCUGGAGAUCCUGUACCUGGAGGAGCUCACRGCAGAGGAGGUGUUUGAAAGGGAACAUCAGCACAACCGUUUGAAGACCUGGGGACUCCGAGCUGCAGGCUGGGCCCUCAUGUUUCUUAGUAUUCAGCUGGCAACACGCAUCAUCUACACACUGGUGGAUUGGGUUCCUCUCCUCAGGGAGCUCGUGUCCUUCGGUCUGAUGAUCUUCGCUCUCUGCCUCUCCUGCUCGCUGUCUCUUCUCGUCAUCGCAAUCGGUUGGCUUUUUUACCGCCCGUUAGUGGCCCUAGCUCUGGGAGCCGUGGCUCUGCUGCCGCUGCUUUUGGCCCGCUCGGGUCUUCCGCCGAAGAAGAACGAAUGACUGUCGGGCAGAGGAUUCAAAAGGUUUUCCAUGGCCUAGCUGAAGCUGUCCGUCGAAGGUGCUGGGAAAAGAGAGACUGUGGGGCUUGUUUACUUUGACCAAGUGACAUCUGAUGAAUGUGCUCUUAGAUUUAAAAUACACGAAAACCAAAAUCCAUGAACACCAAUUAAAAGUAUUUAAGUACAAAAAGAAACUGAGAUGUUGCCUUCAUAAAUCACCUGAUGUGGCCUUUCAAACACUGCUGCWCCCAGUGAGCAACAUUAGAUUUCUGUUUUUACUGUAAAUAAAACUGUGUUCUUCUUUGACA